AUGCGUCUCGCCUACGGACCCUGGCGUCUGACCCAAGCAGCGUUAUCCGUCAACAGCCGUCGUCACCAUGGACGAUGGGUGAGCACAAGCACAAGCGCCGCCACAGCUUCAUCAUACGCCGCAGCCCUGGACAGAUUGGCUGCACUGCAGUCGAAUCGCCAUAUAACCAAGCUAUUUGACAGAACAGGCAGCAGCAGCAGCAGCAGCAGCAGCAGCAGCAAGGACAGCAGCGGCGGCGGCAAUAAGAAUGCUGCAGCCAUUCCAGAAAUGAUCGACUGGCUAGGCCGAGCAGGCUACUCGCCCCAAGACCUCUCCCGCAUACGGCACAUCCACGUAUCAGGCACAAAGGGCAAGGGGUCAGUAUGCGCCUACGCCAGUUCCAUGCUACGGCGCGCGGGAGCGGGGCGCGUGGGCACGUACACGAGCCCGCACCUGAUGAGCCCACGGGAGCGCAUCGCCAUAGACGGGUCGCCCGUGUCACAGGAGGUGUUUGCGGCUGGUGUGCACGAGCUGUGGGACCGUUUCAGCGCGGCGGCGUCGGACAGAACCAUAACAUCGCAUGCCGAGGCCGACGGCCCGGCCACCAAGCCCUUUUACUUCCGAUUCCUAACUAUCCUAGCGUGGCACAUCUUCCUCAGCCAGGGCGUGCACGACGUGGUUCUCGAGUGCGGCAUCGGCGGCGAGUACGACGCCACCAACGUGCUCCCCGCCGAAGCUGUGUCCGCCGCUGUGGUGACGCAGCUGAGCAUCGACCAUGUCGGCAUGCUGGGCGGGACGGUCGAGGAGAUUGCCUGGCACAAAACGGGGAUAUUCAAGCGGGGCGUCGCGGCCGUAACGAGACGUGUCGACGAGAGACCCUCGGUCAUGGACGUCGUGAGGUCCAGGGCUGCCGAGAGGGGCGUGUCGAGCCUGGUAGAGGUGGACGAUGCGGCCGUCGAGGCGUGGGGCGGUUUCCAGGGCGCGUUCGGGGGAGGCUUUCAAAAGUACAACCAGGCCCUCGCCGUCAUGGCUGUCAGGGAGCACCUGGGCAUGCGUGAGCAAGAGGGCGGCGGAAUCUUGAGGGCGCUGCGUGAUAUCCCCGACUGGAUGCGCGACGGUCUACGGUCGGCUAAGCUGAGGGGCCGCGGCGAGGUGCUCGACGACGGUCCGAAGUUGAGGUGGCUCCUUGACGGUGCUCAUACGGAAGACAGCCUGUAUGGGGUAGCGGCAUCAUUGGCACAGGCACAGGCACAGGACGACGACGCUCCUCCCAUGGUCCUCGUCUUCAACCAGCAGGAGAGAGAUGCCUCAGAGCUCCUGCGUGGUCUGAUCGAUGCUUUCGCCAGGCUCACUAGCCGCGAGCGCUUCUUCAGCCACGCCAUCUUUACGACGAACGACCUUGACAGAUCAGAUGGUAAGGCCAGGGAUAUUACUGUCCAGAAGGGGGCUGCGGACACCAUGGCCAAGGUCUCGCCUGGUACCACCAUCAUGACAUGUGACAGUUUGCCCGACGCCGUGGACGAGGUGAGGAAGAUUGCCGCUGAGGGCGAUGUCCGAAAGACGGCGCUUGUCACGGGUAGCAUGCAUCUUGUUGGCGGAGUUCUGCGCACUCUAGAGCCGGACAGUCUAUUAUGA